CAUUAUCAUUAAGGUCAGGUUGUGUGUGGAGGGGGUGGGCGGGUGAGGGGGCACGCAGAGAGAGAGAGAGAGAGAGAGAGAGAGAGAGAGAGGGAGGGAGAGGGAGGGAGGUAGUGGGUGAGAGAGAGAGACUAUGUGUGACUGAGUGUGUGUGUGAGAGAGAGAGAGAGAGAGAGAGAGGGAGGACAGAAGAGUCCGCGGAGGAGAAAAGGAGGACAGAUCGGAGGCAGAAAGCAGGAGGCGCUCCUUGCAGUCAGGAGGAUGCUGCUCUCACACGCGGACCGUCUCUGAUCCCGAUCCGGCGACGUUACCGGCUUUACCUGGCUACCGACUGACCGCAGAUCAGCCUGCUCACACACCCGGGAUCCCACCUUUAUAAAUAUACACAGACGCAUCUAUUUCCACCCGUCUCCUCUGGACCGGCUUCUGUCGCCAUGCCACCGGCCGCCUGCUCGGUCGGGUACCGACUCCGCAACACCUUGCCCGCGGUGCUGUGGAUCGGGCUGCUGCUGCUGUGGAGCAGCGUCUCGGCAGGAGAUAAAGGAGCCCCCAGAUCCGCCCCCUCCUCCCCGUCUCCUGAGGUGACAUCGGGGAGCACAAAGGACGGCGGCCCCAAAGGCAAAACCUCCUCCAGCAACUCGGCGGCCGGAGGUUUGCUUCAGUCGGUGCUGGCUCAGAAGGGACGAGAGAUCCUCCCCUCCGCUCUGCCCCAGAGCCUACUCCCUCUCCUGGGCAGAGGACUCAGCAUCAGCUCCCUCCCUGGAAGUCAUUCCCUGGAGCAUCAGAGCGGGGGAUUACUGAGGAGGGUGAAACCCCCGGCAUCAGCUGCAGCGUCAGGCCGAGGCAGCGAUCCAACCGAGCCUCCUCCUCCUCCUACAGAUGCACACUCUCAGCUGCCUCACACACAGACACACACUCCUGUAGAGGAGGAGGAGGAGGAGGCGAAGAUCACCACUGUGGCCACGAUGCCGGACGAGGACGCUGAGACAGGGACACCUUCACCAGCUGUGCAGAGCUGCUCGGUGAAUUUCUCCGACCCAGAGGGAUACAUAGACUCGUCUGACGACCCCCCUCUGCCCGACGGUGCCUUCCUACACUGCACCUACACUGUCACUGUGUACACCGGCUACGGCGUGGAGCUGCAGGUGAAGAAUGUGAACCUGUCAGAGGGCGAGCAGCUGUCGAUCAGGGGCGUGGACGACCGGGGGUCCCUGCUGGUCCUGGCCAACCAGACGCUGCUGGUCGAAGGUCAGGUGAUCCGCAGUCCCACCAACACGCUGUCCGUCUUCUACCGCUCCACGCCGGAGGGAAGCAUGGGCGUCUUCCAGCUGCACUACCAGAUCUUCAGGCUGAGCUGCUCCCUGCCGAAGAGGCCUCACUUCGGGGAGGUGUCUGUGCUGGACCUGCUCCCUGGAGGCACCGCCCGCUUCCACUGCCACAUGGGUUACCACCUGCAGGGGGAGCCGCUGCUCACCUGCCUCAACGCCUCCCUGCCGGUGUGGAGCGGCAGAGAGCCGAGCUGCAGGGCUCUCUGUGGAGGAACGGUGAAGAAUGCCACGGUGGGGAGGGUGCUGUCUCCUUCUCCCCACCACGGGCCCAACGCCACCCAGGACCGCUCCUGCUCCUGGUCCCUGGAGGCUCCCAAGGACCAGAGGCUGCACCUGCAUCUGGAGAGGCUGGCGCUGGGACCCACUGACAGGUUGGUGUUGUGGAGCGGGCUGGAUGCCGGUUCUGUGGUCCUGUUCGACUCGGGUCGGGGCGGACAGAUCCCCUUCGAGGGAGUGAUCAGCGAGGGUCCUGCCGUGAGGAUCCAGUUCAUCACCGAUCAACCGAACCACAACAUGGGAUUCAACAUCCGCUACGAAGCUUUCGAGCGUGGCCACUGCUACGAGCCAUACCUGCAGAAUGGAAACUUCACCACCUCCGACCCGCUGUACGGCGUCGGAGCUGUGGUCCAGUUCACCUGUGACCCGGGCCACUCGCUGGAACAAGGCCCGCCUGUUAUUGAGUGCAUCAGCGCCAGGGAUCCGUACUGGAACGACACAGAGCCGCUGUGCAAAGCUCAGUGUGGAGGAGACCUGACCGGACCAGGAGGCGUGAUCCUGUCUCCGAACUGGCCAGAGUGGUACGGGGAGGGGGAGGACUGCAGCUGGAGGAUACACGUCGGGGAGGACAAACGAGUGCUGCUGGACGUUCAGCUACUCAACAUCAGCGACAGCGACAUGUUGACCAUCACCGACGGCGAUGAGGUCACGACCCGGAUCCUGGGGCGGUACGUCGGAGGCAGCAGCCCCUUCAAGCUCUCCUCCACCACCCCCGAUCUGACCGUCACCUUCCACUCCGACCCGGCGGGGCUCGUCUUCGGCAAGGGCGAGGGCUUCAUCAUCAACUACAUGGAGGUGUCCCGAAACGACUCCUGUCCAGACCUGCCCGAGAUCCAGAAUGGCUGGAAGACGACGUCCCACGUCGCGCUGGUGCGAGGGGCUCGGAUCACCUACCAGUGCGACCCGGGUUAUGAUCUGGUGGGACGGGAGACCCUCACCUGUCAGUUAGACCUGUCCUGGAGCUCGCAGCCCCCGUUCUGUGAAAAGAUCAUGUACUGCUCAGAUCCCGGCCACGUGGAGCACUCCACCAGGUCCCUGUCGGAUCCUAAACUCCUGGUGGGGACGACGAUUCAGUACAGCUGCAACCCCGGAUUCAUCCUGCAGGGCGGCGCCACCAUCACCUGCUACGGCCGCGAGCCGGGCACCCCCGUGUGGACGUCUCGACUCCCUCACUGCGUCUCUGAGGAUUCAGUUUCCUGUGAAAACCCCGGUCUCCCUGACAACGGCUACCAGAUCCUGUCCAAGAGGCUGUACCUGCCCGGCGAGUCGCUCACCUUCGUCUGUUACCAAGGUUACGAGCUCAUUGGGGAGGUUGCGAUUAAAUGCAUCCUGGGAAAUCCGUCCUUCUGGAGCGGCCCACUUCCUCUCUGCAGGGCCAACCAUGACUGCUUUGGCAACCAUGCUUUGGAAGUCGCAGAGGCGACGGCGGGCUCCACCCUCGAUGGAGGAAACAUAGCAUUGGCCAUCUUCAUCCUCGUUCUCCUGCUGUCUGUGCUGCUGGGAGGCGCUUACGUCUACGUCACACGGUGCCGGUAUCACUCCAACUUAAGGCUGCCUCUUAUCUACCCCCACCCUUACCGACAGAUCACUGUAGAGACAGAGUUUGACAACCCGCUCUAUGAGACAGGAGGGCAGGACACUCGUGAAUAUGAAGUAUCGAUAUGAGAAGCCUCACUAAAGACAUUUCUGAACCAAGACCGACCAACUCGCCUCGUCCUAAACUCCUCAACCUCUCCUCCCUCCUUCUCCGCCCAGGAGGAGGCGAUGUAAAUACAAAUCGAUGAUGAUGUCCGGCCCCCACCCCCACUUUCAGCCAGCGAGCAAUCCUGUUCUCUCCUCCUUUGACGAGACGGCUACCGAAGACGUUGACAGUGAAACGGGAAAAGGAGAGGAGGGCGGAUAAGACGAGGGGGAAAAAAACCCUGUGUGGAUCGGUGUUGCCAGGAGACGAUGGGAGAUGUAGGACGAAGAGAAAAAGACCCAAAGAUCAUCAGAGAACAUCGAGCAUGGUGAGGAAAAGAGGAGAUGAUGGGUGUGAAAGAGGGAACUAAGGAGGGGAGAAGGGGAAGGAGUCAGGGACAGGACACAGAGUGACGGGACUGAAGCACUUUUUAGUAUUUUUGUCGAACAUUUCUCACUUAGUGAAAGAAUCUUAGAAUAAUCUCAGAGAGAAAAAAGACAGUUAAAGUUAGAAUCCUUAAGAUUUUCAUGAAUUAGAUGACGUUUUUAAUACGGAGGGAUCCAGUCUCCUCAUCGCUAAGUUUGUUUUGGUUGAUUACCCAUGAUCCCCUGUUGCAGCAGGAAGUGCUGUAGCUGUAAAAUAUGCACCAAACUCUUAUUUUCAGUUUCCUGGCUGCAUAUCAGAGAUGAUCGCUGUUUUUUAAAACCAAACUACAGUUCAGUAUCACAAAUUAUUGCUCAAAGCAGAUCAUUUCUUUAUGUUUUCAAACAUAAUCUUGAGACAUCUUUAAAAGACGCCUCUGGUUUAUUAGAGCACGUAGAGUUUUGGCCUUUUCUCUCCAACAACACUGUAUCCUCCAAAAUAAAAGCUGAGAGUUUUAUCUCUCUUUAACCACUUUCUUUGGAGGAAGAGCUGAAGGAUUUAAAGAAAAUAUCUAAUUUGCAAACACAAAAACACAUGUAUAUUACCCAUAAUCCUCCUCUCCUUCUGGAGCAGGAAGUAACAAACACACCAAACUGUUUCUAACUCUUUGAUAUUUCCAUCAGUUUCCUGGAUAUCAGAGAUGAACGCUGGUUUUUAAUGAUGUCUAAGUCUUUUUAACUGAUCUACAGUUCAGCAUCAGUCUGAACUCUCUGGGUCUGAUUCCAGCAGUUUAAGCUGCUGACUCUCUCUCAGUUAGAGGGAGAUCCAACCUGAAGAACCAGAGUUACAGAGAGAAACAGCAGAGGCUUCAUUCUCCCUGUUACACUGAACCAUCACAAUGAUCCUGAAGCUGAGAGUUUAAAGUUGUGUUGGGUUACAGUACCAUAAGUGACCACUGAGAUACAUUUUAUCAAAUCAAACUGUCCGGUAGAACAGCUCUCACCUCAUUUUUCUUGCCACAAAUGACAAUAACAGAGAUGAAAUAACGUCCAGUGGCUUCCUUCAUCCACUUCCUAAUCACACAGGACGUCUGCCUCCUGUCCCUGAGCUCCCUCCUGCCUGCAGCCACCUUCAAGGCUUUUUUACUCCGGCCGCUCCACUCCUGGAUUUAGCUGUUAGUUAACUGGUAUUUAUUAAAUCUUAACGACUUCAGGGCCGGUGCAGUACCGUUGUCUUAUUCCUCUCACACGUAGUUAGAUCGAUGACUGUCGUAGACCGGCCUCAGAGUCCCCAGGUCUGGACCGGCUGAGGAUUAAAAAGGAAAAACCAAUAAAAAACAAACAUGCAUCGUUGCAGAUGUGGAGGUUGCCAUGUGAAUAGCAUAGCUGUAGUUUAACUGACCGAUCUACGAGCUCGAGCUCAAUCAACCCACCAGAUGAUGUAUUUAUUUUGAUGUACUGUACAUGUGAUGUUUUAUGCAGAUUGAUAAAUGUACAUUUUCAUUAUGAGAAGACAAAUGUUGACAGUUUCCCUAAAUAAAUGGUAAAAUUUAAAUAAAAAAAGGACAAAAGAUUCUUUCUAAACA